UACUGAAGCAAUGGCUGCAGAAAAUACAAACAGAGACAAUAUGAGCGAUGAAAAUGAGGAUCGGUCUCUGGAGGGCGAAGAUAACAACGAGGGGCUCCUUGCCAUAGGGAGUAAUGCACAGUAUAAAUCUGACAGCGACUCUGACUUAGAAGAAAAUCGGAUCAGGACAGCACAUAGAAAUGACCUUUCGGAACGAUCGAGAGAACAAAGUGAAUUGUGUUCCCAUAGUUUAGAAGGGCAACCUACUUUAACGUCCAGCAGAACUCCUGAAAUGGUCUGUAGGCUAUGCGGUAAAGCGAUAACUCGAAACCGCACUCAGCGAGGAAAACCCAAUAAAUCCAACCCAAAUCCAACUACAACGGAAGAAACCUUGUUAACCGUUCCAGAGUCGUACAGGGGACAUUUGCCGUCGCUUCCCAGUUUAUCCCUUGAAGAUGAGGUCUGCAGCGACUCGACAGCAGCAUCUUUGCCAACAGUGCCUUCUGAACCUCAGCGAAAGAAAAUUCCUGUACUACAUGUGUGUGACCAUUCGGUGCAGCAUCCAUCGCCUGGUCUAACAGUGGUUUUCUUCCUUUUUGAAAGAAGCCACCAAGAAAGGAAAGAAAAGUUAUUCUUACUUUAUAUGAUCCCUGAAAAAGAGCAACAGGUAUAUGAGACAAUUUUUCAAAGUUACAAAAAUGAGGGAACUGAGCAAGGUUACUCAACGAGACAAAUUUCAUUUUGUGUUAACAAUGGCAAAAGCCAAGAUUUUCAUUCUAUAUUUGUUCACGAGCAAAUUAGAAUUUCAUUUGAAAUUGUGGAUCAACAGCAACAAAACUUCGUCUCUCCUGAGGAUGCAAGACGCCGAGAAUUUGUUUUUAGAGUUGCCAACAUUGAAUGUGAGAGCAAAAACCGAGUAGCACCAGGAGCCAAGUCCCAUUUCCGACUCCAGUAUGUUGGUGAAUCCGAAAAUCCUUGUCAAGAACAAGGAAAAAUCACCUUAGCCAUCGAUGCAGAGACACAGUGUUCCCUGUACUUUUCCAUCGCAUUUUGGAGCCCAGUGACAGCAGCUGAUUAGAGUGAAAAUGAUGAAAUGGUGAUGAUGAAGGAGACAGAGAUGAAGAAAAUUGGUUGAUUGAGAUUGAAAGUAGACAAGAAAGCUAUGCAAUGAAACAGUAAAAUAUUUAAUAGUUCCCCAGUGCUGUAGAUUGAAAAU